UGUACCACACCCCCUCUGGCCUUAUUGCUUCAAUAUAGCCUUGAUCAGUUUAACACACUGGUGUGGUAGAAAUGUUAAUUGCCAAUGUUUGUUUGGGUAUUAUACAUUUUGUGGGACUAUUUUAGGCAUCUGGGUGAUUUCUUAGAUAUUAUGACUUGGCUAGGUCUUUUACAGAAAUAUUAAGUGAAAAAUGCCUUUUGUUCUACAAAUGCUCAACAUCUAUAAGACCUCAAUGUGUUGUAUUCUGCAAAUUUCCAACUCAGCCACGGGCAGCUGUUUUCCAAAGCUCUGUUGUGGCUUAUUUCAAGAUCAGGUACUGGCUUUCUUCACUUCAAAGCAUGUAAGAUAUCCAAUUGACUAUCCAGUUCAAAGGAUUUUACUAAAGCUUGGAGGGAUUUGAUCAUAUGUGUGUCCCAAAUGGCAACCCAAUACCUAUUACACUACUUUUGACCUAUGGGCCCUGGUCAAAUGUAGUGCACUAUAUAGGGGAUAGGGUUCAAUUUGGGAAACAGCCCAUAUGAAGCCUAUCAUGUCUCAUGUUUAUUUGAGGAGGCAGGUGGCCAGCAGGACAGGCAUCCUCCAGGGACGGCCUCUCUCUGUGAGGGGAGAACGACCAUGGUCCCGCCUCUCCAGUGGUCAGAAGAAGAUGAAUCACAUUGCCUCUCUGCUCUGCCUCAUCUCUACUCGCUGCUGCUGCUCAGGCCAACUCACUUGGCUAUAAAUAGGGAAAGAUUAAAACCUCUCAUCCGGCUUACCUGCACAGCAUCUUCAACUCGCCUGCUAAACUAUGCUAUGAGGACAGGGCCCAGCGAUGACUGAUGUGGAGCCUGUUGUCACCGACUUUGCAGCCACGGGGAGGACUGGCAGGAGGAACGCUGUACCUGAUAUCGUUGAGGCGGGGCCUGCUGACCUGUCAGACAAACUAGCAGAGCUUUCUGUUGUAGAUGAUGGAGGAGAAGGAGGAGAGGGCUCGUCCUCUGGAAGCCCACCGAAGAGUCCUACAGAGGGUGAGGAGAAGGCAGAGGGGACGUAAUUGGGCCUUGGUCUCUGGCUAACUGACUACGAGAGAAGAUGGAGAACAAGAGAGAGACUGUCUCUAACAUGGCCCGCUUCUCCUCAAACAAACCCCAUUGACCAGACAACUGUAAUCGUCAUGCACCGUGCUAUGCAACAUCAGGACACCUAUGAUGAAAACUUAAAGAGCUGCUGGAUGAUGAAGGGAAGGGAAAGCUCUGUCGCUAGGAAUGAAGUGGUUGUUUCUUUGUAGCUUUAAGGGGGUAUUCAUUCAAGAUUACCCAUAAUUCAUUAGAUGUACGGUGAAUGAGCCGGCAUUUAUGUCUUGUUCAUCUUAGCAUAUGCAGUGAACUGGUGAAGUGGCUGACAGUUGGGCAUGACUCUGAAAAAUGUCAUUUCAUAUUUGAGCAAGAGUGACUUGUACAUAUGCUGCAUAUGGAGGUGUUCCAAUGAAAGCAUUUUCUCAGAAUGUCAACAUGUAGUUACAGGAAUGUCUAUUUUUGCACAACAAAAGUAUAAACAUUCCAUUUGGUGAUGUACAGUGAGGGAAAAAAGUAUUUGAUCCCCUGCUGAUUUUGUACGUUUGCCCAUUGACAAA